UCUCCAAGUACAUUAUCCUGCCUAAACAUUCAUCAUGGCCACCACCAACAUCUCCACCAUGUCCAACCCCGCCAUCGUCCUCGUUCACGGCGCCUGGCACCAACCCUCCUCCUACUCUCUUUUCACCGACGCUCUGCGCAACUACGGCCAUGAAGUGCACGUCCCGCGCCUCCUGUCCGUAAACGGCGCGCGCCCGCCAAAUGCCAGCCUGGAAGAAGACAGCGACAUGAUCCGUAACUACGUCGAGAGCCUCGUCUCCGCGCGCCGCGACGUCGUGGUCGUCUGCCACUCCUACGGCGGACAAGUCGGGACCAACGCACUCUACGGGCUCGGAGUCAACACUCGGCGCGAACUGGGGCUCCCCGGCGGUAUCUUCCACCUCGUCUACAUGGCCGGGUUCGCCGUCACGGAAGGAACGUCCAUGACCGACGUGGUGGUGGCCCACGGCCAGGGCGAUCUGAUGGACCUAGCGUUCGACUUCGCGGAGGACCGGACGUGCGUGUCGCGGGACCCGAAGACGCUGUUGAUCGGGCCGUCAGAACGGACGGACGAGGAGGUCGACGCCUACAUUUCCACGUUCAAGCGAUGGAACGGGAAUGCGUUCGACGAGAAGCUGAAGCAUGUCGCGUGGCGGCCCAAGGACGGCGGUAUCCCGAACAUCGGAUACAUCUACUCGACGCAGGACUUGACGGUGCCGUUUGAGUACCAGAAGGAUUUCGUGCAGACGAUGCGCGACGCUGGCAGUCAGGUGCAGACCUGGGAGGUGGAGACGGGCCAUUGUGCUUCCUUCACUAAGACUGAGGAGGUCGCGGAGAUUAUCCAUGGAUUGGCAUGUGGAAACUAGAGGGGGUUCUUGCUAUCAUGUCUACUUGCUGGGGUUGUU